UCGAGCAGUCAAUGCAGAAAUCCAAUAUGGUGUCCACCGUUCAGCAGUUUACGUCGGAUGUCCGUAUUUUGAGAUAAAAUUAACCCGAGGGAGGCUAAGAACUACCAGUAAUUAUGAAAAUUCGAUUGAAACGUUCGUGCUACAUUUAGGAACUUUAUGCCACCCCGACACGUCGAUUCGGUCAUCCCGUCAGACACUAUAAAGGAGUGAGGAAACGAGAGGAUGGAAAAUGUUAAAGCAGAAAGCGUGGAGGAAGUAACCGAGCUGGAGGCAACGAAGGGUAAAGUCAAAGGUAAAAAGGAUAAUGUCGUCUCUGACCUCGACACUGAAGACAUUAAGUCUCGAUCCGGCCUGCAGACUGCGGAGUCUUGUAGUGAAUCACAAUCUAACGGGUUACACCAGGUCAAUGGUGUUUGUGACUCGCCUAAAAGGAGUGACGAAUCGGCUCAGGAACCUAAGAACGUGGAAACUAGUCAUUCAAGUACACUCGAGAAAACCGAGGCAAAUUCUACAGUGACUAAAGACAGUGACAUCAAAUAUGUUAGCUACUCGAGUGAAUUGCAAAUGCCAGAUAUUAUGAGAUUAAUUCAGAAGGACCUAAGUGAACCAUAUUCUAUUUACACUUAUAGAUAUUUUAUUCACAACUGGCCGAAACUGUGUUUCUUGGCAAUGCAUGAAGAACAAUGUGUGGGUGCUAUUGUCUGCAAGUUGGAUGUCCAUCGGAAGGUGAUAAGGCGCGGAUAUAUCGCUAUGUUAGCAGUAGAUGUAAAAUAUCGAAAACGCAAGAUUGGCUCUAACCUUGUUAGACGAGCUAUACGGGCAAUGGUAGAAGACAAUGCGGAUGAAGUUGUUCUGGAAACAGAAAUUACUAAUCGACCAGCAUUACAACUAUAUGAAAAUCUUGGAUUUGUGCGCGAUAAAAGACUGUUUCGUUACUAUUUAAAUGGUGUUGAUGCACUUCGAUUGAAACUCUGGCUUAGAUGAAAUUCAUCUACGUGUUUAUGCCAAUAGGAUUUAAAUAAUUACAGUAUCGAAUAAAUACCAUCUUUAUUCGAUCCUGGCAACUGUGUAACUUCAGCUCGGUUACCUCUUAUGCACCGGAGACAAGUGGUUACCUCCAAGAUGUGCAACUUUAUACAUUGUGACAAUGAUUUAACCACAUAGAAAAAUUGGUUAGUCAAUCAUCGAGAUUAAGGGAUGGUCUCGCAAUGUGCCGUAAUUAAAUUCAGUUGACUUGUGUCAUCAUGUGCAUAUUUUGCAUCUAAAUUUCAUCUACUGUUUUGAAUUGGAAAAUCAUUUUAAAACUGAUUUUAGUUUUUACCCACUGCCUAGUGUGUGGAAGAAUGUUUGCAAUUAAAAAUUUCAUGACAUUAAUAGUACAUUCAGGAAACGAUUUGCUUACAAGUGUUUAACACACUAAAGUGAUAUAAUGUGACAAAAUCGAGACUGUGACUUGCAUACCGAUAAUAGUCAAUGUGUCUUUCCUGCGACAUACAGAAGUGCACGGAUGCAAAAUUUAAUGCAAUGGAAAAAAUCUGUAGCAUUAUUUUCCUAUAUUGUAAGUGAAGAAUGUGCUUUCAAUACCAAUAUAUUCAACACUUUUUACAAAUCUAAGUUUAAAAAAUUAUACAGUACUUCGUUUAGUACUGAAUAUUAUUUAUUAAAAAUGCUACACAAGUUUGUUUCUUCUUUUUUUUUUAACAUCACAUCCAUUGCAGUAAAUAUAGUAUGCGUAUUGAUAAACAUUCUGUAAAUGAAAAUUGAAAAAGUUAUCAGCCGAUGAUGUCAGAUAAAAAAAAAAAAUGUUGAAAUAAAGUGAUAUAAGGAUUGUCUAAUAUUUAUAUAUUAUGCGAGAUAAUAAGAAAGUCACAUUUAUCAUUGCGGGUUUCGAUGCAAAUGAGCUGUUCACAAUACUAUCUACAUGCUACACCUUUGUAUAAAAUAAAAGCAAAUAGAUUAUAAUGUAACUAUAAAAAUGUAAAAAA